CUCCGGCCGCCCAGGCGUCUCUGCCGGCCCCUCCCCGCCCCGGCCGGCACCGCCCAGCGCUACGCGAGGGGAGGCGGAGCUUCGGGAGACGCCAGCUCCCGGUGUAACCUUCUGACGACGCUACCCAUGGCUGACUCGGCUGGGCCGCGCUCCGCCCGCCUCAAGGCCCGGACUCCCCGCGCUUCUCGAAACGCCACAGGUGCUAAACAGACAAAUGCCUUAAAACAAGAAGAUACUUCUAAAAGGAAAGCAGAACUAGAAGCAGCUGUGAGAAAGAAGAUUGAAUUUGAGAGAAAAGCUCUACAUAUUGUUGAACAGCUUUUAGAAGAGGAUAUUACAGAAGAAUUCCUAAGGGAGUGUGGGAAGUUCAUCACACCUGCUCACUACAGCGAUGUCGUGGAUGAGCGUUCUAUUAUCAAGCUCUGCGGUUAUCCUUUAUGUCAGAAAAAACUAGGAAUUGUACCAAAACAGAAGUAUAAGAUUUCUACCAAAACCAAUAAAGUCUAUGAUAUUACUGAAAGAAAGUGUUUUUGCAGCAAUUUUUGUUACAAAGCAUCUAAGUUUUUUGAAGCACAAAUUCCUAAAACUCCAGUAUGGGUUCGAGAAGAGGAAAGGGAUCCUGAUUUUCAACUGCUACAGGAAGGACAAAGUGGCCAUUCUGGAAAGGAAGUACAGCUAUGCACUAAGGCCAUUAAAACAUCAGAUAUUGACAAUCCUGGCCAUUUUGAGAAGCAUUAUGAAUCUAGUUCUUCUAGCACUCAUAGUGACAGUAACAGUGACAAUGAGCAAGACUUUGUUUCCUCCAUUCUACCAGGAAACAGACUGGUAGAUGCAAUGGGUGUAAGUCCAAAGCUGCACAAAAAAAGCAUAAUGAAAAAGAAAGCCGGCCAUAAAGCUAACUCCAAGCAUGAAGACAAAGAACAGACAGUAAUAGAUGUCUCUGAGCAGCUAGGCAAUUGCACAUUAGAUAGUCAGGAGAAAGCUGCUGCUUGUGAACUUCCUUCACAGAAAGUAAGUACUCAGAUUUCUCCAAAUAGUCCUUUGCAAGAAAAAGUAGAAGUUUCAGAAAAUUCUGGAAAUAAAUACAGUAGUUCAAAAGUAACUCUAGUAGGCAUAAGUAAGAAAAGUGCUGAGCAUUUUAAGAGAAAGUUUGCCAAAUCAAACCAGGUUUCUAGAUCAGCCUCUAAUUCAGUGCAGAUGUGCCCUGAAGUUGCAAAGGCAAACUUACUUAAAGUCCUGAAGGAGACUUUGAUUGAGUGGAAGACAGAAGAAACUUUGAGGUUUUUGUAUGGCCAGAAUUAUGCUUCUUUGUGUCUGAAACUCUCUUCAGCCUCUCUGGUUAAAGAAGAAGAACUUGAUGAAGAUGACAUAGACUGUGACCUAGACAGACAUCCUCCUUCCCUGCAGGGAUCUCAGAAUAGCUUGGAUGAGUCUUUACCUUUUAGGACUUCAGAUACAGCCAGUAAACCACUACCAAGUUAUGAGAAUUUGAAAAAAGAAACUGAAACCUUAAAUCUAAGGAUAAGGGAGUUUUAUAGAGGACGAUAUGUUUUGAAUGAAGAAACUACCAAAUCACAAGACUCAGAAGAGCAAGAUCCCACCUUUCCGCUGAUAGAUUCAAGUUCUCAGAACCAGAUUAGAAAACGCAUCGUACUUGAAAAGUUGAGUAAAAUAGUGCCUGGACUUUUGGGGCCUCUUCAGAUCACAUUAGGAGAUAUUUAUGCACAGCUUAAAAAUCUCGUUCGAACUUUCAGGUUAACAAAUAGAAAUAUUAUACACAAACCUGCAGAGUGGACCUUAAUUGCUGUGGUGUUGUUGUCAUUUUCACAAUUUUGGGAAAGGCAUUUUGUCAUUGGGGGAAGAAAAAGCAGGCUUGAGGACCAGCAUUGGAUAAAGAAUCUUAAACACAGUGAAAAAUUUGGAGACUUUAGUACCCAAAGAGACAUGCGCAUAAACAGACUGACCCCGAUUCUUGGCAUUCAGAAGCAUUCUCAGGAAAACGUGGUGUUCACACAGUUUAUAGAGACUCUGCUUAAAGAAUUACAUUUAAAGAAUGAAGACCUUGAAAGCUUAACUCUCAUAUUUAAAACCAGCUGUUAACCAGAGUGGUAUAAUCCAUGAAGACCAAAUAGAAGAUGAACUUCUAUUCAUCAUUUCUGGAAUUCUAGCUACAAUAGUGAUCUGGUGGUGACUGAUAACUAGCUUUGUUCCAAGAAAGACCUUUUUAUCUUCUUAGAUUUCAGCCCCCUGCUUCCCAGUUCCUAACUGUACAGUGACUUCCCCCACAUAGAGGAGAACCAUUAUUCCAACAAGGAUAACUAAGUACUUGUAUCCCUAACUAUAAGACAUAGUAUUUUUAUUUGUUUGAAAAUGAAAAAUGAGGUUUUAAGUUGAAACUUUAAUAAAUCUUAGUGACCUUAUUUUUUUCUGGAUGAUUCUAGCCAUUGUAUCAGUUCACAAAACAAUUGAGAAAAUUCUCAUUUUGGCCUCCUGGUCUAAACUCUAGAUUUUAAGAAUAAUAAAGAGGUCAAUAAAUGCAAUCUAAGAUGAA